UCCUCGAUUGCUGUGGGAUUUCUUCGUGCCUCUGAUGCUUUAAAGGCGACCGGGGCGAAGGCUCUGCUCUCCAGCGAAACUUGAGGGCAGUUUCGGUCUGAUGUCAUCGCUUGAGCACAACAAUGGAAGAAACGGCGAUAUGGGAACAACACACGGUGACGCUUCACAGGGCUCCUGGAUUUGGCUUUGGCAUUGCAAUAUCGGGAGGAAGAGAUAACCCCCACUUCCAGAGCGGAGAAACGUCAAUCGUCAUAUCCGAUGUGCUCAAAGGAGGCCCGGCAGAAGGUCUGCUACAGGAGAAUGACCGUGUCGCGAUGGUCAAUGGCGUCUCGAUGGAUAACGUGGAGCACGCGUUCGCUGUUCAACAGCUAAGGAAAAGCGGGAAGAAUGCCAAAAUCACCAUCAGAAGAAUGAAGAAGGUUCAGCUCCCAGUAACGCGGACAGAACCGGAUCCCGUGUCGGAAAACGACGAGGACAGCUACGAAGAGGACAUUCCGGACCCGAGGAGUUCCCGCGGUGCUACGAGUGCGAGCAGAAGGCACGAGAAGAACUGGGUGAGGGACCGGAGCGCCAGCAGAGAGAGGAGUCUGUCGCCGAGAUCGGACCGCAGAUCGGUGGCUUCCAGUCAGCCUGCAAAGCCGACUAAAGUCACGUUGGUGAAGUCGAGGAAGAACGAAGAAUACGGUCUGCGCCUGGCCAGCCACAUAUUCGUGAAAGAAAUAUCCCAGGACAGUCUAGCGGCGAGAGACGGCAACAUUCAGGAAGGUGACGUUGUCUUGAAGAUAAACGGCACAGUCACGGAAAAUAUGUCAUUGACAGAUGCCAAGACCCUAAUAGAAAGGUCAAAGGGCAAGCUGAAGAUGGUGGUUCAAAGGGAUGAGCGGGCGACUCUGUUGAAUGUCCCAGAUCUUUCUGAUAGCGUUCACUCCGCCAAUGCUUCAGAAAGAGAUGACAUCUCAGAAAUUCAGUCGCUGGCAUCCGAUCAUUCCAACCGAUCCCAUGACAGGCCCCGCCGCAGUCGCUCGCGAUCUCCUGACCAGCGGUCGGAGCCUUCAGACCAUUCCAGGCAUUCUCCACAGCAGCCCAGCAACGGCAGUCUCCGGAGCAGAGACGACGAGAGAAUAGCAAAGCCGGGGGCGGUCUCUACGCCCGUGAAGAACGUGGAGGACCUCCCCCUUUCGAAAUCUGUGGAAGAAUCCGUCGUGGAAAGGAACGAGAAACAAACCCCGCCGCUUCCAGAACCAAAGCCAGUCUACGCUCAGCCGGGACAGCCGGAUGUGGACUUACCGGUUAGUCCGUCCGACGGCCCUCUACCGAACUCGACCCACGAAGACGGCAUGCUUCGGCCCAGCAUGAAGCUUGUGAAAUUUAAAAAGGGGGACAGCGUCGGCUUGCGGUUGGCUGGCGGCAACGAUGUCGGGAUCUUCGUGGCCGGCGUUCUCGAGGACAGCCCUGCCGCUAAAGAGGGCUUGGAAGAAGGAGAUCAGAUUCUCAGGGUAAAUAACGUCGACUUCACAAACAUCAUCCGCGAGGAAGCCGUGCUCUUCUUGCUCGACCUCCCGAAAGGGGAAGAGGUGACGAUCUUGGCACAGAAGAAGAAGGAUGUUUAUCGGCGCAUUGUGGAGUCAGACGUGGGCGACUCUUUCUAUAUUAGAACUCAUUUUGAAUACGAGAAAGAGUCUCCCUAUGGGCUGAGCUUCAACAAAGGAGAGGUGUUCCGGGUGGUGGACACGUUGUACAACGGCAAGCUGGGGUCCUGGCUGGCGAUCCGGAUAGGCAAGAAUCACAAAGAGGUGGAGAGAGGCAUCAUACCCAACAAAAACAGAGCCGAGCAGCUGGCGAGCGUGCAGUACACGCUUCCGAAGACGGCUGGCGGGGACCGGGCCGAUUUCUGGAGGUUCAGGGGCCUGCGCAGCUCCAAGAGAAACCUCCGGAAAAGCAGAGAGGAUCUGUCUGCCCAACCGGUGCAGACCAAGUUUCCUGCCUACGAGAGAGUCGUCCUCCGAGAAGCUGGAUUUCUCAGGCCGGUGACCAUCUUCGGGCCAAUCGCCGACGUGGCACGAGAGAAGCUGGCGAGAGAAGAACCGAAUAUUUAUCAGAUUGCAAAAAGCGAACCGAGGGACGCCGGGACGGACCAACGUAGUUCUGGCAUUAUCCGUCUCCAUACGAUAAAACAGAUAAUUGACCGAGACAAACACGCCUUGCUCGACGUCACUCCAAACGCGGUGGACCGUUUGAAUUACGCACAGUGGUAUCCCAUCGUGGUGUUCUUGAACCCGGAUUCCAAGCAGGGCGUCAAGACCAUGCGGAUGAGGCUCUGUCCCGAAUCCCGGAAAAGUGCCAGGAAACUCUACGAGAGGGCCCACAAGCUACGGAAAAACAACCAUCACCUCUUCACAGCCACUAUUAACUUGAAUUCGAUGAACGACGGCUGGUAUGGCGCUCUCAAGGAAGCAAUUCAGCAACAACAGAAUCAGUUAGUUUGGGUUUCGGAAGGAAAGGCAGAUGGCGCUACAAGCGAUGACCUCGACCUCCACGACGACCGCCUGUCCUACCUGUCGGCUCCGGGCAGCGAGUACUCCAUGUACAGCACGGACAGUCGGCAUACUUCUGACUACGAGGACACCGACACGGAAGGCGGGGCCUACACCGACCAGGAGCUAGACGAGACGCUCAACGACGAGGUGGGGACACCUCCCGAAUCGGCCAUCACGCGGUCCUCCGAACCCGUAAGAGAAGAUGCGUCGGGCAUGCACCACGAGAACCCAACGUUCCCUCCUUAUGCGCCACCCGCUCAGCCGCAACCAAAUCACAGGAUAGAGUCGCCUGGGUUUAAGGCAAGCACUGCUCAGCCGAAAGCGGACGCCUCACCUGCAGCCCCCUACCUUCCCCCGUCGCCAGAACCAAACCCUGCGGCUUCCUCAACUUCCACCGUCCGCCCCAGUCUAAGCCUCACUAAUGUCAGAUUGGAGGAGCCAGGCCUGGCUUCUUACAACUCUUUCCAGUCUCAAGCCGGCCCCCUCAGAACACCCAUCAUGGAGGCGCCUCAUAUAAUGCUAAGAGAUCCAGAGCCGCCGUCCUUGCACACAGACCCAGCAAAGAUGUACAGGAAGGACCCCUACAUCAACGAGGAGCCGUACCUCAACGAGGAACCACCCCGGCAGAACUACGUCUUGAAACCUCCAGCACACGGUCACGCGACGCAACGGCAGGACAAGGAAUCCAGUCUGGCCUAUGAGCCGCAAGGCCAGUACCCGGACAAACAGCCCAGCAGAGAUUACGAGCCCUUGGCGUACAGGUAUGAGUCCACGAACUACGUAGACCAGUUCCCUCGCGGCUACGACCCUCGUCUUCACUACGAGGAGCGCGUACCCCCCUACGACGACCACUGGGCGUACUACGACGAAAAGCAGUCCUACCAGCCCAGGCCACCGUACGACAGCCAGCCGUCCAGAGACUUCGAUCCCCGGCAAAACUCAGAAGACAGCACAGACCGCAGAUCCUAUUUCCCAGCACAACCUCGCUUCGAAGAGCCGCCUUCCGCGGCCGCUUACGACAACAGGCCUCGCUACGAGCACGCCUCCAAAAAUUUCGGCCUCCCGCAGCUGAGAUACGAGGAGCAGUCCGCCGCCGGGUACGAGGCUCACGGAAGAUACAAAGCGGAGACGCCCACCUACGCCUCCACUGUGCCCAGGUCUCCCGAACCGAAGCAUUACUUCGAGCCGCAGCCCAGAGGCUACGAGCCGGCCCUGCCACAAGGGUUCACUGCUAAAGUCGGACAGUACGAGCCUUCCCACAACCCCUCCGGGGCACCUCCUCCCCUUCCGCCGCAAAGCAAACCAGAAGUUCUGCCUUCCAACAGUAAACCACUGCCUACGCAACCAGCGGAAGAAGAAGACGACCCGGCAAUGAAGCCGCAGUCUGUCCUCACGAGGGUCAAGAUGUUCGAAAACAAAAGGUCGUCGUCGCUGGAGAAAAUAAAGGACUCAAAUGAUGCCCCGGUGGUCAAGAGGGCCCCAGAACCGCAGAGACCUCAAGUGAAGCCCCCUGAGGACAUUGUCCGGGCGAACCACUAUGACCCGGAGGAGGAUGAGGAGUACUAUCGCAAGCAGCUCUCCUACUUUGACCGCCGGAGCUACGAGAACAAGCCUGCCGGGGCGCAGGUCCCCACCAGCCACCACCCGGAGCCUGCAAAGCCGGUCCAUCUUCAUAAUCAGCUGAACUACAGUAACUACUCUUCCAAGGGGAAGUCCAUAGACGUGGAGCCUUUGGAGAGGGGCGUGGCUGAGAAGCGCUACGAGCCGGUCCCGCAAGUGACUCCGCCUCCUCCCGCGCCCCCAGUGCAGUACACCCAGCCUCAGUCCAUCAAUAACCCAAUUGUGUCUCUCCAGCCCAAACCUGCGCUUCCUGAAGCCCUCGGGCUGGCUUACAAAUACAUUUCAACGCAGUCUAUUGCAGUCAGUCUUACUGCAUUCAUCGUUGCGGUGACCACUCGAUGGACAGCAGUUACAGGAAACUGCAGCUCUGUUUUCAUCAUCGUGGUACCUGUGCAGUCCCACGAAGGUCUGCGCAGAUGCAGUACCCCCAGGUAUGACUGCAGAGGUGAGCAUUCUGUGAACAACAGUUACAGUCCUUCUGCGUUGGAAGACGACGACGAAGAGGACGGACACACCGUCGUCGCCACGGCAAGAGGCGUGUUUAACAGCAACGGUGGCGUUCUCAGCUCCAUAGAGACUGGAGUGAGCAUAAUUAUCCCGCAAGGUGCCAUUCCGGAGGGGAUAGAGCAAGAAAUCUAUUUCAAGGUCUGCCGAGACAAUAGUAUCCUCCCACCUUUAGACAAAGAGAAAGGCGAAACGCUGCUCAGCCCCUUGGUCAUGUGCGGGCCCCACGGACUGAAAUUCCUGAAGCCGGUGGAGCUGCGCUUACCACAUUGUGCGUCUAUGACCCCUGAUGGUUGGUCUUUUGCUCUAAAAUCCUCCGACUCCUCGUCGGGUGACCCCAAAACCUGGCAGAACAAGUCUCUUCCCGGGGAUCCAAACUAUCUUGUUGGAGCAAACUGUGUCUCGGUUCUAAUAGAUCACUUCUAACCCUUAACAUUAGUAGACUGACCCAAGUGUGAAAUCAAGAUUUUUCUCAUUUAAAAAAAAAAAAAGACCUUGCCCAGAAACUGAACCACUCGUAUCAAGUAUUAACCGUUCUCUUAGUGUUCAAGCAAUCUUUGCUUUGAUUAACAACGGAUAGUAAGUACAUUCUUGAACCAUGGUCAGGGCACAUGCCGUUCAUCGGCAGAGCAGGGCACCCCCGGGACCAAGGCGAGGCACCCGCGGGGUUCUCUUUGGCUUUUCUUACAUGGAUGCGGCGGAUCCACCAUCGCUUCAAUCUCUCUUUGACUACCAAUGAAGCAAUGCAAUUUGUUACUUUUCAGAGGAACUGCUGAAUCCACUGCUGAAUUUGGCCUUUUUCUUACAAAACCUUUUCUAUAUGACAACAGACAAACAAUAAAAAAACAAAACACAUGUUUGUGUGUUUCAGAAUAUGCAAAGACUAUAUUGCGGACACCAGGUUGUUUUUAAAACUGACUUCCCUUUUUUUUUGGAUGCAUUUUGCCCAUGAAGUGGAAAUCAACUUUUUUGGCUAGCACAAUAGAGAGGUUUGUUUUUGUUUUUCCCUUUUCCCCCUUCUGCUAAAAGGGGGUGACUUACACGCACGUCUGCUUCAAUUGUACAUGAACACCACAAUUUUGGGGGGCGGGAGGGGGUGUCGUAGGGAGAAAGAGAGAGCACGCAUGUGGUAUGACAAUGGUUCAUCUGCCUCUGUCAGCCUGUAAAUUAACAACAUUUAAAACAUAUUAACCAGCAGGGAUGCCUUACCCAUUUAUUUUUUACCUGUCUUCGCUCUCAUCCUAAUUGUCUGUACUACUAAAUUUGUAUGGCUUCUGUGCUUACUUAGAUCUAAAAAAAAAAUUCUUGAGAGAGUCUGAGAAACUGAUUCGAUUUGUGAGCAUUGCUGAUCUAGAGAGAGAGGCGGGAAGGGAAACCACUUUCUCUUGUUUUGUUUUUUUGCAUUGAUCAACCAGAGAAGACCCCCGAAGAACUUGAUGGUAUGUUUUCUGCUAUGCAUUCUGGAAAAUUCAUAGAUGUUCUAGAUUGCUUGUAUAUAACUCCGUGCA